GACAAGGAGGCGAGUUGGUGGAAAAUGACUGGUGGGAGGCUCUCAUCUGGGGAUGAAAUUAGAAAUUUCCACCAUGAAAUGCGUUUUAUUUAUAGCAAAGUCGCAUUUUUGUCUUUUUGAACGUUCACCGCGCAGCACCAGGAGGAAUUUGGUGACACUAGAGGAUUAGCAAGGCGUUUAAAACAGUUUUUUAUUACCGUCGGAGCACUUCCCGAGACUCACCGAUAACCGUUAGUUUUGUUUUUUUCUGAGCCAAAAUGCCGCGGGACAACAAAACUCCUCUUAUCCAGAAAAUAGCAAAGCAAGCCCAUAUCACCUUUAAAGGCUUAAAGUCUUCGGCCAAUGGGGAUAAUAAACUCGUUGCGGACCAACAGAGUGAACUAAUCUCCUUAGUGACCGCGGUCAGGGCUGCUGACCUGAAAAUUGCUCCCCGGAAAACCAAGCCGAGCUCCGGGACAGCGGGGCUGCAGAGCCCCCCGGUCGCCUACAUGCACAUCUGCGAGACGGAGGUGUUCAGCAUUGGGGUGUUCCUGCUAAGGACCGGCGCCUCCAUACCGCUGCACGACCACCCGGGCAUGAACGGGAUGCUCAAGGUUCUCUAUGGGAAGGUGAGUGUCCGCUGUUUUGACAAGCUGGAAGAUAACCUGACUGUCAGCACUGUGCCACCCCAUUUUGAGCCUCCAUUGGCUCCGUGCCAGAUGGCUUCCCUGCGGCGCUCUGUACUCCGCUCAGUCUCUGAAUACUCAGAGACCAGCGGGCCAUGCCUCCUUACUCCUCUACGGGAUAACCUUCACCAGAUCGACGCAGUGGAGGGGCCAGCUGCGUUCCUCGAUAUCCUGGCACCUCCAUACAAUCCAGAUGACGGGCGUGACUGUCACUAUUACAGAGUCCUGCAAACUGUGGCUGAGGGGGAAACAGAUGGAAAGACCAACAAGGAGCAGCAGGGAGAGGAAAAGGACAAAGAAGAGGAGACAUGGCUGCUAGAAAUCCCUCAGCCAGAGGACUUCUGGUGUGGUGGGGAACCAUACCCAGGCCCUGCAGUCUCUUUCUGAUUGAGCGGAUGAACUAUACUGCAGUAUUUGACAGUGAUAAUAUGUUGACAUCCUUCCAUCCACAAGAGGAGACUUUGUUUUUCCCUGUUCACAGGGAGGUCAAACAUGAGGGUCGUUAUUACCAGGAGCUCAAAGGGAUUUGGUGCCUUAUUCAGGGAUGCUACAGCAGGGCAGAGGCUUCCAGAAACAGGGGCUUUAAUUCUGACACCCUACACUUAAUAAGGACCACUGAACUGCCUUCCAUAAAUCAUCAAUAAUCUUGUCAGUACUGUGAAAAGAGUUGACACAAGGAAUUUGCAUUCCUUAUAUGGGAUAUUUCUUCAUACUAGUAUGUUGCCUUGAACACACAUGAAUGUCAUUAGCCAAACAUGCAAAUGUUGGGGUGUCAUUGGGAUCUCUAUCUUCUGUGAGGCUUGAAAAGCCUUUUUACAUUAUUUUUUCAUUCCGCUGCAGAGGACUACACAUCAUGACAUGUCUUAAUGCCAAAGCCUGUAACUCAAGACAUACCUGCCUUAUUUGUGAAUACUGAAUGUAUACUUACUGAGAGUGCCAUUUCUAUUGUACACACACUUUUCUUCUUUCAAAGUGCACACACUACAUUAUAUAUGCUUUGUUUUAAGACUGUCCUCCUCCAAAAUACCACGAUAUAGGUUGUUCGCACAAGGAGAAAUUCCAACCCAUAUUAAUGUUUAUUGUUAGGCAGGACCUCUAGUGGCAGUCAUAAUUAUUAUGGGAGCAAAAGAAGAAAUCAGGCAACAAAGUUCACGGAGGGUGUGAGCGAGGGGCGGUGGAUAGGUCAAACAAACACAGGACUUCCAUCCAGGAGACUUUGUGCCCUAGGUAAAACCAAAAGUAAUGUUUGAGUUAUUUUCUCAGUAUAACGUAGUAUGUUGUAGAAUGUCAUGUAAAGUGACCUUCAUGACAUGUAAACUGAGAACCUCAAUACAUAUUGUUAUCUUUACGAAAUGUCUUGAAAUCCCCAUGGCACAUCUGCGUCACCAUUUCCAACCAAGCACACCUCCUUCCUAAGCAUUCAGUCAGUGCUAGCGGUCUAGCGCCAAGCAGAUGACAGCAAGCAGCCGAGAAAAAGACAGUGAGGAUUUUUAUUGAUAAUGUUUCAUAUUGAUCAUAGGCCCCUAAAUUGAUUGAAUCAAAUCAAAAUCGUAUCAUGGCAGACUUUGUGAUAUAAACAAAUACUGUAUUAUUGUCCAAAGAAUAAAUAUAAUAUUGUGUUGUGAAAACGUAUGAUUUACAUUUUAAGCCAAACCAUGGUGUUUUUUUCCAAACCUAACUGUGUUGUUUUGGUGCAACUGUGACAGUUUCAUAAAGUAAACCACUUGUUUGGUGUCGUCCCAUAAUAUGUAUCGUGUCGCGGGAUUAUGAGGGUUAUGAAUGUAUUGUGAUACUGUAGGCAAGGUGACAGAUUGCGAUUCUUUAAAUCUAAUUUUAGGAAAACUGUCAAAGUAUAAAGAACAUACCACCAUAGCACCUUUUACAUUAAUAUGAGCAGUGGGAUUGCAUUUGUAUUCAUAACAGUCCCUGUAACAUGCUAGCAAUAUGUUGCUGUCUUGGCGUGCAAGAGUCAACCUCUAAGAUAGUUUACUACCCUGCUAUCUAGUUUGGGGUUUUAAACACAACAGAAAAUGAACCACUGCCACAAGUCUUUGCGUGUAAACCAAUUAUUAAAAAUCGAGUGUUUUUAUAGAUUGAUAUAGUAUCACAUAAUAUUGUGAUAAUCAAGUAUAAUAACCCUUUAUCACACAUUUUUUCUCUCACACCCAAUCAGUAGGUGCGCUAAUUUAGGAAAUGCUCCUAUGGGUCAUAUUUAGCUGGUAGGAAUAUGACCUCUGUGGUCUAAUGGGUUGGAGGACUUGUUAUGUUUUUAAUGUGUUUAAAGUUUAAAACAUUGCAGAUUGUUCCUACACAGAUCUGGUUAGUUUUGGGGAAAAAGACGAUGAUUAGUUAUUUCUGCAUAUUCUGUGAUGGAUUGUACUGUAACUUAAUCCAGAGUGAUAUGGCCUAUAUGAUGCAUCAUAUUAAAGACUGAACGCAGUUUUCAAACCCAGUCCAGAAGAUAGUUUAUAGAAACAUUUUACAUUUUAAAAUGCCAGCUGUGUUUUAGAACUUGAACACUAUCAUGGUAUAAAGCCAACGCUAUCUCACUUUCUUUGCUACCUUUUACAUGUAACUUGAUAAACACUAUAUCAUUCCAAUAGUAUGUUACGUGACUUUAGUUUAUGUUUGUGUAGACAGACAGCUCCUUUGGCCUAUAUAUUAGACUUCACACAGGUUUGUGUGCCAGUUUUACAAUGAUUCUGUAACUCUGAUGUUGAAUGUAUGUGGAACAAUAAAAUAG